AUGAAUCCUGUCGAGUUGCAAACAAACAGAAUUGGGAGACAAGGCCUUCAGUAUGGACGCGGACUGACCAUUGAGGACAUGGCGUAUCUCUUUGGCUCUGUGUAUAUGACAAUGGGAUUGAUUUUGACCUCAUGCACACUUCCAAACUCUAAAAUCGUCAGUUAUUUGGUUCAGUGGCAUCAUGCAUCAUUUGCUCGAGACGAGGAGGAGGAGGAGGAGGAGGAGGGGAAGGAGGAGGAGGCGUAUCUCCCAGUACUUGGUAUAUCAUGCAUCUCUAAGUGCUCUUCACCAGGAUCAACCGAACGCAAGUUAUUUAUGGAUGAGAUUUUCUGA